AGUGCAUCAGCAACUCAGCAAGACAAGCAGAGCGGAGAUCGAUCACUCAUCACUUGGUGUAGUAGUAGUAGAUCGAGCUAGCACUCCUAGCAUAGCAGCUUGCAAUGGCAAUGUCGACCAUGGAGGUCGAGCAGGACCUCCCCGGCUUCCGGUUCCACCCCACGGAGGAGGAGCUCCUGGGCUUCUACCUCUCCCGCGUCGCCCUCGGCAAGAAGCUCCACUUCGACAUCAUCGGCACACUCAACAUCUACCGCCACGACCCCUGGGAUCUCCCAAGGAUGGCCAAGAUCGGGGAGAGGGAGUGGUACUUCUUCGUGCCGCGUGACCGGAAGGCCGGCAGCGGCGGCCGGCCGAACCGGACGACGCAGCGCGGGUUCUGGAAGGCGACGGGGUCCGACAGGGCCAUCCGGAGCACCGCCGACCCCAAGCGGGUCAUCGGCCUCAAGAAGACGCUCGUCUUUUACCAGGGCCGCGCGCCGCGGGGCACCAAGACGGACUGGGUCAUGAACGAGUAUCGCCUCCCCGACGCCGGCAUCGCAACGGAGGGGCCGCCCAAGGAGGACAUGGUGCUGUGCAAGAUAUACCGGAAGGCCACGCCGCUCAAGGAGCUCGAGCAGAGGGCCUCCGCAAUGGACGAGAUGAUGACGCAGAGGCCCAGCGGCUGCGGCGGCGUGGCGAGGACGUCUCUGGUUCCGGCCACAGCCGGCCACGACUACGUAUCAUCGUCCGACCACGUCCAGGACAAUUUCCUGUUCCACUCCUCUUCGUCAUCGUCAGCGGCGCUGUCUGGCAACAGCACGAACUACGGCACAUGCAGGGAAGCCAAGAAGGAGGCGGACGUCACCACAGUGACGGUGGCGUCGACGCCGUCUCUGCCGCAAGCGGCGAACCAGUCCUACAACUUCCAGCUCCCGGCGGCGAACCAGUCCUGCACCUUUGAGCCCCCAGCGGCGAAUGCACCCUGCAGCCUCCAGCUACCGGUGGCGAGCAAUGGGAUGUUCGAACUGCCCAGCCUACAGCUCCCGGCUUCGAGCCACGGAGUGUUCGACUGGCUGCAGGAACCGUUCCUGACGCAGCUGCGGAGCCCGUGGCAGGAUCAGCAUUGCCUGUCCCCCUACGCACAUCUGCUCUACUAUUGAGGGAUGGAAACCGAGAGAACUAGCAAUCUGGUGAUAAACUCACGAUGACGAGAUCGAUUGCUAGUGAUGCAAGUUAUGCAAGCUCGGAGUGUAGAGUAGAGUUAGAUGUGGACUCAGUUCAUCUUUUGUUCGGUUUGUGCAUUUGAUGAAGCGAGGAUGCCUUAGCAUUAAUUGCGGUUGCAGAACUACGUAAGCACGCAUGAAUUAACUUAGGAACUGUUUUUGUC